AUGGUUAAUCAUUCAAAUAUCAAGAAAACUUAUGGAUAUUUUUGGAUUUUUGGUUUUGUAAAUAAUGUCCUAUAUGUGGUUAUAUUAUCAGCCGCUGUAGAUAUAGUUGGCCCAAGUUUACCGAAAUCAUUGGUACUAUUGGCUGACAUACUUCCAUCCUUCUUAAUUAAACUCACAUCUCCAUUUUUCAUCCAUAAGAUAAAAUAUUCAUAUAGAGUGAUUUCAUUAAUAUUUAUGAGUUUGAUUGGAAUGAUUUUUGUUUCCAAUUCUUCCCUUAUGAUUAGUUUACUAGGGAUUACAAUUGCAUCUAUAUCUUCAGGUUUUGGUGAAGUAACUUUCCUUCAAUUGACUAACUAUUAUAAGGAAGAAAGUUUGGACGGUUGGUCUUCAGGUACAGGAGGUGCAGGUUUAAUCGGUAGUGGGAUUUAUAUGUUACUAACUUCUAUUCUGCAUUUUCCUGUAAGAAUUUCAUUAUUAUUAUUUAGUGUGUUGCCAAUAAGUUUCUUAUUAUAUUUUCAAUUAACAGAGGCUGAAAUUACUUAUACACCUAUUUAUCAAAAUCAAGAGAGCGGGUCUGCAUCUUCUUUACACCAUAUCCAGCCUGUCACAGAGACAGAAUUUAUGGCCGUUGCUGAAACCCAUGAUAGUGAUGUAUUAAAAGCUUUGUUGGAUUCUUCAUCAUUUAUACAAUUAAAGGAGCAUGUCAGGAAUAUAUUCAAUAAAUUGCAUGCUUUGUUCAUUCCUUACAUGUUACCUUUAACGUCAGUAUAUUUAUUUGAAUAUUUGAUUAAUCAGGCAGUUUCGCCAACGCUAUUAUUCCCAAUAGAUGAUGAACAUAAAUUCCCUCUAUUUCAUAAAUAUCGUGACAUAUAUGUCACUUACGGUUCUAUUUACCAAUUAGGCGUAUUUAUUUCAAGAUCAACAUCCAGUUAUAUUAGACUAAAGAACUUGUGGUUACUGGCGAUAUUGCAAUCGAUUAAUUUUAUACUAGUAAUCCUACAAUCAUGGUAUUUUUUCAUUAAAUCACCAAUCCCAAUAUUCAUUUUGAUAUUAUAUGAAGGUUUACUUGGUGGUGCAUCUUAUGUAAAUACAUUUUUAAACAUUUUAGAAGAUGUGGAUGAUGACAAUAAGGAAUUCGCAUUGGGUGCAGUAUCAAUAGCCGACUCAUUGGGAAUAUUAAUUGCAGCUCUAAUAGGAUUAAAUUUGGAGCCAACUUUAUGCAAGCAUCAAAUCAGAGACAAUAGACCUUGGUGUGAAAUGCAAUAG